UUUUUCUAUUAACAUCACUUUGAUUACAAUUGAAGUCGCUGAUUGAUCAACUCUAAGGGUUAAUUAACAUAAAAUAUGCACGACGUGUACUUAGUAUAACAAUGGCAGCCUCCUAUCACGCAUGUGUUGUAUUUUUAUUUCUACCAAUAUUAAUACAAUACUCAAACUCUGAGGAUGUUUUAGGGAUACAGACGGAUGAUUUUGACUUCGAUGGACUCCCCGGGGCCCAGCAUGAAUUCCGCAUUGAAGUGGGAGCUGGAAAAGAGGAAUGUUUUUUCCAGAAAAUAGCUAAGGGAGCGAAUCUUCAUGUUACAUUUGAGGUGCUACGAGGGGCAGACAGAAACAUUGACUUCAUCAUAAAGCGAGCUGACGGUAGCAUAUUUGAUAGCCAUCUAUGGACGCACGAGGGUACAACCGAAAAACUAAUAGAAGAAGAAGCUUUGUACAUUUUCUGCUUGAAUAAUAGAAAAGGGAGAUUCAGAGGGUCGAAAUUAGUCUUCUUUUACCUGGAUGCUUAUAAAGAAGAGGAUCAACAAUUGUAUGAAGAAAAACUUGAAAUGUUGGACGAAAUAUCCGACAAUAUGGAAACUACACUCCAAAAGGUGGACACAUCGAUCAGUAAAAUGAGGAACUUUCAAGCAAUUAGCAGGAAACACGUCAUAGCAGACUGGUACUUGUCACUAGCUAACAACAAAUAUAUACAAAAUCUAUCAAUAGCUAUGAGUUGUAUUAUUAUAUGUACAUCAUGCCUGCAAACAUACUUUGUCCGUAAAUUAUUUGCAACUAAAAAUGUGACAUCUACACAAAAACCAAGAGCAUAGGUUAUAAAAAUUAUAAAUGAUAAUAAAUAUGGUAAAAAAAACUGACCUUUGAAAAUGCAUGUGGUAUUUUUGAAUAGGGAAUGGUAACUAUUGUUAAUCUGUGAUGCUGCUUUAAGUGACAAAUCUUAAUGAUUCAAUAUUUAUUAGAAUUAUGUAAUUAAAAAAAGCAAUAAUUUAUUUACAGUCAUCCUAAAGAAAUCUGAUGAAAAUCAGCUCCCAGAUUUUGGAAUUUUUGAAAGGUUUACAUUAUUACAGCUUAAUGAUGAUAUAUACUUUACAAUUUGAUUUUUGGAGGAAUUAUAGCGGUUGAUCCAUUUUUAU